GUAAAAAAUAUCACUGUGUGUUUGGCUCCUCCAGGUGAUGGCGAUGAUGACGAGGAGGAAGGUCGUGAGGAGCGCCUUCCAUCUUGUUACGACUACGUCAUGCAUUUCCUCACCGUCUUCUGGAAGGUUCUGUUUGCCUGCGUCCCGCCAACAGAGUACUGGAACGGCUGGGCCUGCUUCUUCGUGUCCAUCAGCGCCAUCGGGCUCCUCACCGCCAUCAUCGGGGAUUUGGCAUCGCAUUUCGGCUGCACCGUGGGGCUGCGGGACACUGUGACCGCCGUGGUGUUUGUGGCGCUGGGAACUUCCAUUCCAGACACCUUUGCUAGCAAAGUGGCUGCCAUACAAGACCAGCAUGCCGACGCAUCGGUUGGAAAUGUCACUGGCAGCAACGCAGUCAACGUGUUCCUGGGGAUCGGAGUGGCAUGGUCAGUGGCCGCCGUGUACUGGAGAAUUAAAGGAAAGGAGUUCCGGGUGGAUCCUGGAUCACUGGCGUUCUCCGUCACGCUCUUCACCAUCUUCACGUUCAUCUGCAUGUCCGUGCUAUUGUUCAGACGCCGGCCCUCCAUCGGCGGAGAGCUUGGCGGCCCGAAAGUGUCCCGCCUCCUGACCACCCUCCUGUUCCUGGGUCUGUGGUUCCUCUACAUCCUCUUCUCCAGCCUAGAGGCCUACUGUCACAUCAACGGCUUUUAAAGAGGAGAUGAAGAAUGUUCCAGAAGAAUUUUGCACAGCAGCACACACAAAAUCGUUGACUCUCAGUCCAUUUAGUCCACGGUUUAACACAAAACAAGUGUAAGAUUCAUCUGGUUAAUAGGGCUUCAGAUACAUGUUCACAAACACUACAUUUAAGCAUGUGUAAACAGCGCAUUUUAAACACAUUCAUUGUUACUUGGAAGAUGAGGGUUAAGAGGAAGUAUUUUUGGAGGGUGAGAGCGUGAAAACGAAAGGUUACUGCGGAUAGUUAACGGGGAGCAGACGGAGAGUGACAGAGAAUGACUGUGACGGGAGAUUCAGAGGUGAAAAGAAGGUCAGGUCAGUCAGAGGAGUGCUGCUUUAUUCACUUUAAAGCCAGGUGUGUUUAUUUUGGGUUGAGGAGCUCACUUCCAGGAUCAGACCACUGAGACGGAUCACAAACCUGUGAGCAUUGAAGGAAAAAUACCUUUGUUUUCCUUUAGUCUCUCAUUCAAACCAUCAACUCUGCAGCUUCAUGUUUCUUCACUGAGGAAGUGGAGGAGCACUGCAUCAAAUAAGGAGUCGAAUGUUUACAACAACAUUACAUUUGUUUACUACUAGAGGUUCUUGUAUAGUGGUGAUGCUUGUCUAAUACGCAGUAUAGCUGAAGGUGGCUCUCCACACGCGCUGUAAAUAGUACAAACCGUUGUACAUAUAGAGUGUAGUAAUUUCACAGGGCAGGCUGCCACACAAAAGGAUGCAGAGACAGAAAUGCCAGGUUUCUACUGUC